AUGGUUUGUUCCAUGCUAUCUGGUAAAAAUAUUCCCAACUCUUUCUGGCCAGAGGUAGUGGACUGGACCAUUUAUGUCCUAAAUAGAUCUCCUACAUUAGUUGUGAAAGAUGUUACACCGCAAGAAUCAUGGAGUGGAAUGAAACCCUCGGUUGCUCACUUUCGGGUAUUUGGAUGUGUAGCCCAUAUGCACGUUCUUGAAGCAAGAAGAACCAAACUUGAUAAUAGAAGCAUCAGUUGUGUACUGUUGGGAAUUAGUGAGGAAUCCAAAGGCUAUAAGCUAUUUGAUCCCAUAGCUAAAAGAAUUAUCGUAAAAAUAGAUGAUGCAAAAAUAGAUGAUGUAGAAAUAGAUGCAUGUGAGAAUGAAAGAAAUGAUAUUGCAAAAAUAAAUGCAGGCCAAAAAACUGAUGUUGGAGAAGAAUUCCAGCGAAGGAGAAGAAAUUUCAGUGAAGGAGAAGAUCGAGUACGAGUAUCAAGAAACAGGAAACUUCCUACUUGGAUGGGUUAUUAUGUUCUUGGCGAGGGUUUGUCGGAGAAUGAGACCCAUAUGGCAUUAAUGGUAUCAAAUGAUCCCACAUGUUUUGAGGAAGUUGUGAAAGAUCUGAAUUGGCGAUGGGCUAUGGAUGAAGAAAUCCAAUCCAUAAAAAAGAAUCAAGAAACUCACUACACUACCUAUUGA